AGAUUUCCUUCGAAUCUCUUCUACCAAGUCUUAAAGAUUUAGAGAUCCGAAUUCUUAAAAUUUGAUCUAACAGAUACAAAUAAAGAAUCAAAUUAAAAUUUAUAAUAAUUGUAACUAUUUGAUCAAAUUUCAUGAGUCCAAACCACAUGAUCCACGGGAUUUGGUGGGAGGGGAUCUCUUCCCAUCCAUCUCCUCAUUAAUAAACGCAACACCGCCAAGUAUUUUAUGGAAGUUUUCUGGCAUAUAUAUAUACACGCACACACACGCACACAUGCUUAUAUAUGUAUGCUCCCUUGGACAGAAGCCUAUUGGAAACUGUAUUGUGUUGAAGUUCUGCAGAAUCUUCAACGUUAAGAUUGCAAGAAAUGGGUCGUCGUGAAGGAGAAAUGAGGGCUUCUGGGGGUCAAAAUAGAGAAGAAAAUCAUGCUCAUCAAGUUGGAAAGGAAUUUUGGGUUUUCAACCAAGAACACGAAGAAGUUAUUUGUGAUGACUCAAGAUCUUUUGAAUCUUCUUCCAUGCAGAAUUCUAUGAGCUCAACGGAAUCAUCAUCUUCAUCUGACUUGGUGGAGGAUGCUUCUUCAUCUUCUUCUACAUCGUCGUCGAACGGGCCGCUUUACGAACUAUCUGACCUAAUGAUGCAUCUUCCUAUCAAGAGAGGUUUAUCAAAAUGUUAUGAAGGAAAGUCACAAUCUUUCACAACCGUAGCAAGUGUGACGACCUUAGAGGACCUUGCAAAAAAGGUUGCACCUUGUAGGAAGAGAAUAAAGGCAUGCAAGAGCUUUGGUGGUGGUUUUGAUGGUCACAAAUCACCGUAUCUUUCUCCAAAAGCUAAUAUUUCAAAGAAAGCUUCAAGAGGAGUAGGAUCUUUAUUGUAUUCCCUUAGUAACAGAGGAAAAUUAUUGGAUUAAUUUAUUAGUUAAUUAAGCUUUAAUUUAUCAAUUUCUGUACAGAACUUUUUUUCUUCUAAUUAUGCGAAAACAUAUUAGAAAUUUGGCGUGGUUUUUUGUAUUCAAGGGUUAGGAUUUGAUCUUGUAACCGAGAAAAAAAUGACUCGCAUUUCGAUUUGGGUUUUUGUAUGCUAAUUAAUUGUUAUUGUUCAAUUAAUUUACAGAGCUCUUAACAUGGAUUCCGAUAUUAUGAAAA